AUGGCGAAGAAGACGAAGAAAAAUCCCAGUGAGAGCAAUGUUCAGGAAGAAGCUCAAGUGAAAUCUCAGGAAUCCGAUCAUUUCAAUGUGACGUUUCAUCAUGGUGGUGAGUUCGUGAGGGUUGGUGGCGAAGAAAUCAUCUACAGAGGAGGCGUUGAUACAACCAUUACAGGUAUGCACGUAGGUAGCUGGGGAUUGGAUAGUAUUGUAAAAAUAGUUAGUAGGUUGGGUUAUGAGGAGGGUAGUUUUAGGGUUUGGACAAAGGUAUUAGAAAUCCAAGAAGGGUUUCUCUAUAUUAGAAGUGACGAUGAUGCCGUAGAUUUUGCCAUGUAUUUUAGCGUAAUGAAUGUCACAGGAGAUUUGUAUGUGGAACACAGUAAGGGUGUGAAAUUUGAGCGUAGUGAUAGGGCACCAAAUUGUGUGAAUGAGGAAAAGCAGUUGGAUGGGUUGGAAGAAGAAAUUGUUGAUGGACUGGAUGAUAGUGAAGAUGAGAGAGCAACCGGACUUGCUGAUGGUUUUGAUGAAGAAAUAGAUGAUACUUUGCCCCUAAAUGUAGAUGACAGUCAUUUAGGCCCUUUAGGUGAGCCCAAUAAGGGCUUGGAUGAUGAAGACCAGUAUCAAAGUGAUGAAUUGAAUAGUGAUGACCCAGAUGACUCUUGUGAUGAAGAUAAGCCCAAGUAUGACAAGUACAAGAAAGAGCACUUAAACAAAGACUUUAAGUUCAAGUGGGGCAUGGAAUUUAAUUCCCUCAACGAUUUUCGAGGGGCUAUUAGGGAGUGGUCAGUGCUUAAUGGAAGAGAGAUAAGUUUUGUAAAAAAUGAGGCCCACAGAGUAAGGGUAAUUUGUAAGUCCAAGUGUGGUUUUUUAGUCUUAUGUUCCAAAGUGGGCCACCAAAAGACUUUUGCUAUUAAAACACUUGUAGACAAACAUACAUGUGCUAGGGUUUUGAACAACAAGUCUGCAAGUUCUAGGUGGGUGGCUAAGCAUGUUGUAAAGAGGAUGCAAACCUGUGAAUCUAUCAGAAUUAGAGAUAUUAUGCAAGAUAUUAGGCAGAACUUUUCAGUUGGUAUAACUGUAGCAAGAGCAUGGAGGGCCAAGUUAAUUGCUAAGAGGAUUAUUGAAGGAGAUGCUGAUAAUCAGUAUGCCUCUAUCUUUAGGUAUGCAGCUGAAUUAAUUAGAGUAAAUCCAAGGAAUACAGCUAAAGUCAAUGUUGUCAGACCUUGUCCUACCAUUCAACCUAGGUUUGGGUCAUUCUAUUUCUGUUUUGAUGGAUGUAAGAAAGGGUUUACAAAUGGAUGCAGACCAUUUGUGGGGGUGGAUGGAUGUCAUUUGAAAACAAAAUAUGGGGGACAGUUACUUAUUGCUGUGGGAAGAGAUGCAAAUGAUCAAUACUUUCCAUUGGCAUUUGGACUUGUUGAGAAUGAAACCAAGGAAAGCUGGAAAUGGUUCAUUCAACUGCUGCUGGAAGACAUUGGACAAGAAAGGAGAUAUGUCUUUAUAUCUGAUCAGCAAAAGGGUCUUGUGGCUGUGUUUGAUGAGUUAUCAAAUAGGAUUGAGCAUAGAUUGUGUCUUAGACACUUGUAUGCAAAUUUCAAGAAAAGAUUUGGAGGUGGAGCCCUAAUUAGGGAUUUGAUGAUGGGAGCAGCCAAAGCCACAUACUACCAGGCCUGGGUCACAAAAAUGAAUGAGCUCAAAUGUGUGGAUCCUAAUGCUUGGAGUUGGCUCAGUGCAGUUCCACCAAAGAGCUGGUGUAAGCAUGCCUUUACCUUUUAUCCAAAAUGUGAUGUGUUGAUGAAUAACAUAGCUGAGUCGUUUAAUGCUACCAUUUUAGUUGCUAGGGAUAAGCCUAUUUUAACAAUGUGUGAAUGGAUAAGAAAGUAUCUCAUGAAUAGGGUAGCAACUUCUGUAAGCAAGUUAGAAAAAUGGCCACAUAAUGUUAUGCCUAUCCCUAGAAAAAGGCUAGAUAAUGAAGUUUUUCACAGUGGCAAUUGGUUGCCUACAUGGUCUAUGGCUGAAACUUUCCAGGUUACACAUACCUACAACAACCAUGAGUUUAUUGUUGACAUCUCUAAAAGGUCUUGUAGUUGUAAUUUUUGGGAAUUAGUGGGAAUUCCUUGUAGGCAUGCUGUGGCAGCCUUGAGCUAUAGGAGUCAGAACCCUUGUGAAUUUGUAGAUGAAUGUUAUUCAAGAAACAAGUAUGCAGAGUGCUAUGGCUAUGCUGUAAGUCCAAUCAAUGGACAGGACAUGUGGCCUGAGGUAGACAUUGAGCCACCUCUGCCUCCUGUAUACAAGACUGCUCCUGGAAGACCAAGGAAAAUAAGGAUCAGAGAGAGUGGAGAAGAAGGUGCAAGGAAGAGAAGACAAGGGGUAGCAUACAAGUGUACAAAGUGUGAUAAAUUUGGUCACAAUUCUUUGACAUGUAAGGCAAAAACACAUGAUCCUAAUGCUCUUAAAAGAAAGAGGAAAGCCAAAGUAACAUCUGCCAAUGCUGUUGAAUCAAGUGCUGUUGAAUCAAGUGCUGUUGAAUCAAAUAUCCCACCUACUAAUGCUGAAGAAUCAAAUAUCCCACCUGCAAAUGCUGUUCAACCACCUGCUAAUGCUGAUGAAUCAAGGGUCCCACCUGCUAAUGCUGUUCAACCACCUGUUAAUGCUGUUCAACCACCUGCAAAUGCUGUUCAACCACCUGAUAAUGCUGUUGAAUCAAAUAUCCCAACUGAAAUGAGUCAAUCUGGGUCUAGUGUGGUUGAUUCACAUCCAGUACAAAGAAGCAACAAAAGGAGGCAAAGUGAGAGGAUCAAACUGUUUUGGUUCAAAAAACCCAUCACAGGUCGAGGUUCAGAAAACCAACCAAUAGUGCUGCCAGAAUAG